GUAGACUUCAUAUCCUCAUUUUAACCCUUUCCUCCAAGAUGGCGAUGUCCUCAGGCUACCGAAGGACUUUUGCUAUCAUAAUUGCUGCGUGCUAUUUGCAGGGAACUCGAUGCAUGAAUCAUUACUCCCUAUUGCCCAAAUCUUCCGAAAAGCUUGAGGAAACGACCCAUCUAUCCGCAGGCCCAGGAACCUCUUACAAGGACUUCGCGAAAACUUCCAAGGAGGAGAGUGUCUAUGAUGAUCGAGCUGUACAAAGGACUCAAAUCUCACAAGGAGAUAUUGAUCAAUACCUCAGCUCUAUGGGACCGUUCAGCAAGCCAACUCCUGGAUCCGCAUCACAACAACUGGGCCUCAUAAUCCAAAAGGCCAAGACAGGUUUGGCUGACCGUGAUUACUGGACAGCCGUCCAUAUGAAGUCCCUGGCCGAAGACUUUGAACUUACAAGCCAAGAGCUCAAUAGACUUGGGGCGUCCAUUAAAAAAGGGAAAACAUAUUCACGGGCCUAUCCACAUACCAUCAGAACCAAGCUGACUGAGAGUGUCGGAGAUUUACGGGAGAUUCACAAAAGUUUGAAACAGUACAUAAGUUACGACUUGCGAACCUGGGCGGACCGAAACCACUUACCCAGCCCAACAAUUUUCGAAGAUCAUGUUCGUCCACAGGAGAAGAAAAAUGUGUCAGGUAGUCAAGAAACCAGAUUGACGAUUAGUGCAGCGAAUGUCAAAGAAAACUUGCCUCAUGAAUGCCUUGACAACCUAGCAGAAAGUAUGCGUGACACGUUCAACAUCCGUGAUAACAGGGAGGAUCCGGAUUUCUGGGCCAUACAUAGAAUUUAUAUCACAACAGUUGAUCAACUCUACAAGCAUGGAUUGAUAACUCAGAAGAGGUUCGAACAGUUGACCCAAAAAGAUAAAUAUGCAGAUGAAUAUGUAAGGGCUGCCGCUCGUAACUUGUUCUGGCAUUUCUCCCACAUCGAGAAAGAAUACCAGAAUCCACUUUAUAGAAAUAGCGACAUCCUAGUGGGACUCCCGUAUUCGCUUCCCUUUACAAAUAUGCUAAAUGUUCUUUCGCCUCAAAAUAAAGAAAUGUUUUUCUACGAAAUUAUCAAAUUGGAUGCCCUAGAUUGGAUUGCGAAGACGAUCAAAGCUCGUGGAGAAGAAGGUCUCACUCCAGGGGAAACAACCGAGCGAUACCUUGAUCAAGAAAAAGUUGUCCGUCAGCUUGGCGCGAUCUUCAAAAUUUUCACCGACACGGAAGUCUGGAAUGAACACUGGGGAAGAAGUGAAUCUAUAAGAAUUAUGGGCCAAAUCCUCAAGUUUAUCGACCAAACCUUUCUUCAAACCGAAUCAAGAAAAGAAGAGAACAUUGUGGUCUCAGUGAGGGGAAAGUACACAGAUUUCGUGAAGAACAAGCUAGAUUUGCUGUCUUCUAGAGCUCAGGCUAUUGUCGAAUUAGAAAAUAUUUCCAAAUACUUAGGUGGCAAAUUUCCUCUUCGAAACGAUUUAAACAUCAAAAAACCUAUACCACCUGCAGUUGAACUUUCUUUGAUUGAAGAAUUGAUUGCGAAUUCGCCAUCACUAAAAGCUUAUCGAAGCAACCUCGAAAUUCAAGACGACGGCCUGACAGAGAUAUACAACCAGGAAAUCGAUAGCAAAAUCAAGGAGUUAGAAACUAAAAUAAAACAGUUGAAGGGAAAACAUUCUGGAUCCAAUUCUAAAUCUGGGACUCUUAGGAUGAUAAAAGACAUCUUUAAAGGCAAAGGAAAGGCAUCCGCAAACAGCAGCUAACAUUUCCAAAACCAUACUGUCAAAUUCAGGACCUGAUAAAGAUCCCGAUUGAGAAUAGGAAAUUAGAGCCACCGAAUAAACACAAAUGACCAAGGAUUUAUAUUCAUAACAGACCAUCUUAAUUCCCCAUUGGGCCUUUGUUUU